AUGUCUACAAGAGGCAUGUGGUCAUCAGCAAUUGUGCACUUUGAAGAUCAUGCUAUUGCAGGAGAACAUGCAGCUAAAAUAAUUAAUUUACCAAAUGAUAUGUCAUCAUGUGAAUUAUAUAUAAUUGUAGCACAAAUGGGAGUUAAACUUGUUAUUUUUCAAGAAAUUCAUAUGAAAAAAAAACAAAAGAAUGGCAAUUGCAACAUUAGAAGUGCAGAAAGAAAAGCAACAAUUAUAGGUCAAGUCUGGGAAGCUGGUGAUUUAAAGAUUAAAAUAGUAGAUACAACAACAAAAACAUGCCAUCAAUAUCAUGCAGAGGAUCAUUUGAUAUUCAAAUGUCCAGAUCAUAUAGAUCUAGGCACAGGAUACUCUGAUGCUGUUAAAAGAAAUGUGAACAGGGAUAAAGGAAAUAAGGAAGGGGACAAUAUAUUAGAUAUUAAGCAACACAAUAACAACAUGGAAGAGAAAGUCCAAGCUUUGGAAGAAUAUGUGGGAAAAGAAAAUUUUGAUGAAGCAAUGGAGGAAGAUGAAGAUUUAGAUAAUACUGUGGAGGAAGUGUUGAAUGCAACUACUGAAAAUAUAAGAACAAAAGAAAAACAAGUAACACAAAUAGAGCAAAUAGCAGAUACUGUUAAAAUGUUAGCAAAUUUAAUACCAGAGUUAAAACAAUCUAAUGUUGAAAUACAAAAAAGAUUAGAAAGAAUGGAAAAUAGGUCUUAUCUAUCUAAAAAAACUGGAAAUAUAGGAAGUAUUUCCUAUUAA